CAUUUUAGGUUCACUUCUAAAGGUUGUAUGCGCAGGUGUCAAUUCACGGGCCACAUCAUUUUAUGUGACCUGUGAAAACAAAACUGGUGCAUCAACUUGCAUUAUUCCUGCUAAAAUUUACCAAAAUUUGAAAUAUAUUUGUAAUAAAUAAAGUUCUUCAGACAUUACAGCAUUUUUUUAGCCAGAUUCCUUUUUGCAAAAACUUGAACAACUAUUGCCCUUAAAUUCUGAUGAUAAAUUUGAUUAUCCAUCAAUUUGUUGCCUAUGUGUAAUAACAUGAUGAGGAAAUUAACAUUGUAGUUCAACGGUUAAACUGACGAUAAAAAACUGCAUUUGAAGACGAUCCUAACAUUUUAAGUCCUAACUUUUUACGUUGUAUAUAUUAUCAUUCAGAAUUAAUAGAGCAUGAAAAUUGAGCAUGAUCGUCUUUGGGCCUAACGCUGUUGCUUCUAAAUGUACGUGCAAAGCAGCACUUGUCUCCGGGGGAACCUUUUGCUGCGGCUCGAGGGCCUCCCAUGACAGGGUUAAAGGUACAGCAAACGUGCGUCAGCUGAUGCGACCCGUGACGUCAGCGCGAAAGGGGCGUGCCAUGUAGCGAGAGACAGCCAUCCGGCGGAGGAGGGAGACCGCAGCAGGCUACGGUCCCGGGCUGCUUCUGAGCCGCAACCCGUGCAGCUCCGACAGAGAGCGGCCAUCCUUAGCGCCGACCAUGCGCUUGCAAUUGUGUCAGGCUCCGGGAGUGAGCCUCGUUCCUCCCCCGCCGCUUUCCUCCUCUUGACUGCGUCGUCGUGCGCGUUGAGUCGCUUCGGCUGCGCCGGUUUGAGCAGCUUUUGACGCGGUCGCUUGUUGGAAGCCGGCUCCUCCUCCUCCUCCUCGCGGAGUCGCAGCUCAUGGAGGCCCCCGCGGAGGGGGAUCGGGAGUCGUUCCCCCUGCCCACUCUCACGCCGGCCGUGCCCCCUUACGUGACCCUGGGUUUGACGGUGGUCUACAGCGCCUUCUACUCGCUGCUCUUCAUCUUCAUCUACGUCCAACUGUGGUUGGUGCUGCGCUACCGGCACAAGCGCUUCAGCUACCAGACCGUGUUCCUGUUCCUGUGCCUGCUGUGGUCGGCCUUGCGCACGGUGCUCUUCUCCUUUUACUUCAAGAACUUUGUGACGGCCAACACUUUGGGGCCUUUUCCCUUCUGGCUGCUGUACUGCUUCCCCGUGUGCCUGCAGUUCUUCACACUGAGCCUCAUGAACCUCUACUUUGCACAGGUCGUGUUCAAGGCCAAGUCCAAAUAUGCACCAGAACUCCUGAGGUACAGGCUGCCACUGUACCUUGUCUUCCUGUUCAUGAGCGUGCUGUUUUUAGCCGUCAACCUGGUGUGCGCCAUGCUGGUGAGGACGUCGUCUGCCGACGCCCGCACCGUGGUGCUGGUCAGGGUGGCCAUCAACGACACUCUCUUUGUCCUGUGCGCUGUCUCGCUCUCACUGUGUCUCUACAAGAUCGCCAAGAUGUCCCUCGCUAACAUUUAUCUGGAAUCCAAGGGCACGUCGGUGUGCCAGGUGAGCGCUAUAGGAGCCAUUGUCAUCCUCCUGUACACGUCCAGGGCCUGCUACAACCUGGUGGUCCUCGGACUCUCCAAUAGUAGCAUCAACUCCUUCGACUACGACUGGUACAAUGUUUCUGACCAGGCAGAUUUACAGUCCACUCUGGGCGACACAGGCUACGUCGUCUUCGGGGUGAUCUUGUUCGUAUGGGAGCUGCUCCCCACUUCUCUCGUAGUUUUCUUCUUCAGAGUCCGCCAGCCCAACCUGGACAGGACCGGUUCUGGGCUUCCUAGUCAUGUCUUCUCCUCCAGGGCAUAUUUCUUUGACAACCCUCGACGUUACGACAGUGACGAUGACCUUGCAUGGAGCGUCAUGCCUCAGAACAUCCAAGCCAGUUUGGCUGCCGACAGUUAUGAGUGGGGGAGCCAGAGCAACAGCAUCAGCGCGUAUGUCGGAGGAGACGACAUUUACCACCUUCCGCCUCCUCCAGAAGAGCUCAACCAUUACUGAUACGAGGUCAAAAUGACUUUCUUGACUCCAAAUGUUUUUUUUUUUGCACACUGUUAUCAUCCUCGUGAAGCACACUGGACUCGAUACAUUCACGUCAGUUCUGGAAAAGAACUUCGAAACGUGCCAGGGUAUGAAGGACCACUUAUGGGAAGACGAUUUGCACAAUCUAUGUCAAAACAGGGCCCAACAUUCCUGCUAUUUUUUUUCUGUUUGUAUUGAUAUCUGAUUAAUAUAUUUCCUGACCUUUUGCAUUAUGCACUAUAUCUCUAUCUAUGUGUAUUUCUUUUCAUACAGAUUUGUUAAUAUAGGUAGACUAGUUUAAAUAAUCAAAACAGUGAAAUAGAUUGUACUAAAUUGUUUUUUUUGUUAGAUUUUUUUUUUAACUACACGUAUUUUUUGUGCUAAAUGGACACAAACGACUAAAAAGGUGGAUAAUAUUUUUGCAUGUAGUCACAAACAGGUGCAUCCCAGUAAAUAUAGAAAUAUAAUUCAGGAGUUCAGCUGAAAAAGCAAAACUGAACUUCAUUCAACCAAAAAAUAUUUGCACAAGUAGCGGAUAUUGGUUUUCCGUCAGCAUUUGUUCAAGGUUGCAAAGACGUUUUGAUGGUCAUCAACAGUUUGAUCUUAAAGCUGCUGCCUAUCGUCUGGAGAACGUUUGUGACCUUGAAUGAACCCUGAGAAGAAAUCAACAUUCACUGAUGAGAAAUCAACAUUCGCUCCCUUGCAAAAGUUCGCCCCUCAGUGGGAUAUGGUCUUAAGGAUUUCACUUUUGAAUUGAAAUACUGUACUGAAAUAAAUCUGUCGAUUCUCAGUCACCUAGGUCACAAUAAGCUGCAAAGGUUGAUUCCAAGCAACUGGACGUCUUGUUGGUUAAAGACAUUUCUGUUUUAACCUGAAAAGCUUCUUCUGUUCUAAAAUUUCUUGGUGUGAUAUUUAUGCCUCCAUCAGUAGGAGUUCCCCUGCAAGUGGUCACAAUAGGGUGUUGUUCUUGUGGCCCAUCGUGGCUGGCGAAAGACGGUCCUGCAAAUCAACGGAUUGUUCAUCCGCCCUAUUGCCGGCUCAUUGCAACGAGUGUGCUUAGAGAUAGCGCUUUACACCUCUUUCAAGCUAGCAGUCCCGAUCCAAAAUGUGGACGUUGUUGUCCUCAAAGGGCUGUCCCUUCUCUUUGAGAUGCAAAUGAACUUCUGACUCCUGAACUGAAGAAGCUGCUCGCCAAUGUUGUGCCACACCCUUGUGUAUCCAGGUCACGGCACCUUUUGAAAAGUUCUGGAGAACUUUUGUCGAUUCUUAAUUUUUCAAGCUCACUAAGCUGUACAGUAACCAUCACAAUACUGUAUAUUCUCAAUUGAGAUAUUUAAUGGCUGCCAGAAAGCUUGACACAUGGCCGUGAAGCCUUUUUCAAGCUCGAGUCACCCAUCUACUUAAGUGCCAAAGAGGCCUCCUCUAACAGCUGCUUGGUCUCUACAAUGUAGCGGUCACUGCACUCCCCACUACACGGCACUGGUAGGGAUCUUCUGUGCUACCCUAGCUUGUUUUCCAGUGGGUGACGAGAUUCAGAGUGAAGGUUAGUAGGUUGUUGGUAGACCUAAAUGUUGAGGUUUCUGUUUUUACCUGAGCACACUUGGCAGACCAAAAAUGGUCUUCGAUGCUUUCUUGAGUGAAACUGAUUUUUUCGGUCCAGUUAUGUGUUCAGGCAAGACUCAUCUACUUCACAGUCUUUGCUCUUAACCCGAGGGUCGUCAGCAUACCUAAAUCAGAGACUGGGCUUCGUUCCUCUAGGGUCCAGGGUUUUUCUUUCCACUUCUUCCAUGUACAUGUUGGCCAUAGUAGGGAAGACCGGUGAACCCAUAGCACAGCCAUGUUUUUGGUUCAGAAACAUUUAUUAAAAUAGAUUACACAUCUGGUCCAAAGUGAGUUUGGUUUUGACCUGACCUGAGUCAUUUCCUGACUACAUCAGUGGUGGAGAUACAUGUGAAAAGCCAGUUGAUGUCGAAAGGUACUAUGGUUUCAUCUGUAGCAAAAGGUUCCGGACCUAAUUUGCAAAUGCCUUGCAUACAUGGUGUGGGUUAUGGCUGACCAGCGGCAUAAGAAUGGUGGCUAGAUAAUUGGAAAUGUUUGAAAUUGAUGUUGCCGACCGUGGGCCUGAGAGCACCUUGUGAUUCCAUAAAUGCAAUUACAACUGAAGAAGCCUUUUGGAUUAAAUUUGGUUAACUACAUCCAACAAACAUACUGUGUUCUGGAUUCACCUGCUUCAGAUGACUGAAAUAAUAUUGUGCACCAUUUUCUAAUUUAUUGAGAUGCACCUGUUACACACAUUGCUCAUAUUAAGCACACUUUCACAAUGUAAUGAGAGAUUGUAUAACAAGUAUUCAAUUGUUAUUGGAUUAGCACUGUUAGAGGUAUUCAUUUGACAAUGUUUAUUGUAAUUUGCAGUGGUGUAAAACCCCAAUGCACAUCAGAGAGAUUUCUCUUCUUUUUGCGCUGUUACAGCUAAACUUUUAGAAACAUUUUUGAGUGUGAUAGCCGCGUGAUUCUACACCACUGCAACAAUUCAGUUCAUCAAGUUUAUUAGAACAGUGUCUAGUGAUCUGGGAUGAGGAAUAAGACCAACAGGCCGUAUUUGCUUUGUAAAUUCACUCGUUUUAUUGACACUAUUAUCAUCAGGCUGAAGUCCAAAUUGUAUAGAGAUAUGCAUACAGAUUGUACCUGAAAUUUUAAUUGUGCUAGAAAUGGACAAAUUAAAUACUGUCUACUGA